AUAGUUCAUAAAGUUAUGUUUCAGAGUUUCUUAUUUGUUUUGCUUGAAGAUGGAUACUUUGGAAGGUUGCCUUCACCUUCGAUCCUUUAAAGAGCAAGGACUAAUCCAGGAUUAUAAAACCAUCCAUUCUUGGUUCAUUUCUCCAAUACACAGGACUGCCCGCAGGAAAAAGGCUAAGUUCAGUUUUUGUCACCUCUGCCACGCAAACUCAGGAAACCGACUUCACAGCUGUCUUUCCUGUGUUUACUUUGGCUGUUGGGGUCAACACAUGGCAGACCACCUGAAGGAGAAGGAACAGCACUGGUUGUGGGUGGAUAUGCAAUACGGGAAUAUCUGGUGUGCUAUCUGUAAAGAUUAUGUUCAUGAUACAGAGCUUAAGAGUAUAUCAGAUCAGCUGGUUUCUGCUUCACACGCCAACCUAGGAUUAGGAACUAUUUAUCAGUCCUGGAAACCGACAGCUAAGGAGGUUGCGUUGCUUCGGCUGCACCCUGAGAAACGGGAGUUCUCUGAGAAUUCUAAACUAGGUUUACGGGGACUAAUAAACCUAGGGAAUACAUGCUUUAUGAGCUGUAUAGUUCAGGUAUUAUAUAAAUAUCCUAGCGUGAUUGGUCGAUUGAUUGAUUGUCAAGGUUAUGAACAGCAGGAUGCGCAUGAAUUCUUUAUUGCUCUUCUGGAUCUUCUUCACAGACAUCUUAUAUACAAGACGAAUAUAUCCCCCUCCAGCUGUACCUGUAUAGUGGACACUAUCUUCACAGGGAAACUACAAUCGGAUCUUGUUUGUCAGGUGUGUAAGGGUGUAUCCACUACUAUUGAUCCAUUCUGGGAUAUCUCCCUGGACCUUCCUGCUGGAACUCCUGUUAUACCUGGUACACCUGCUCCUGGAAUAUCCUUACAGGAUUGUCUGCAGAGAUUUACUCAGCCUGAACAUCUUGGUUCCGGGGCAAAGAUCCGUUGCUCUGGGUGCAAUUCUCAUCAGUCUAGGUUCGAGCACUCGAGCAGACUGCACAAGAAGAUUACGACUAGAGUGGAUUUCCCGGAGGAGUUGGACAUGACCCCCUUCAUCUCUCACGCCAGGAACAACGGGGGGAAGAAGGAGGAGUAUGUCGGAGCACCAAGUAACAACAAGUAUGAACUGUUUGGAGUGAUAAAUCAUAUUGGAAAUCUGGACGCUGGGCACUACACUAGUUAUAUCCGACAGCAUGGGAACCUUUGGUUUCAUUGCAACGACCAUCAGAUACUUCCGGCAUCAAUGUCACAGGUUCUGGACAGCGAGGGAUAUCUUCUGUUCUACCAUAAACAAAAACUGGAAUAUUCUUAAACAUAAUCUUUAAUAUUCCUCGGCAAAUUCAGACUGUUACCUUACUGUAAAGAAAUCUUACCAUUGCAUUCUAUAUGCUGAAAAUUAUUAAAAUGUUUAUAAAAAAGCAUGUUUAA